GCUCUUGCAUAGCGGUCGAAGAAAUGGCGAAAGCGGCAGCCAAGAGCGAGGCAGACGACUCAGAGAAGUGUUUGAGUUGCUGUUGUGUCUUGAAGUACGUGUUUUCGCCCUUGAUCCUGCUGUGGAUGAGCUUCAGGAUCUACGUUCUGGGCAUGCUUAGUGCUUACCUGGAGCGACUGGGCAGAGGCGUCUUUUGCGGCCUGUGCGUCUGCUGCUCGUGCACGUAUAAGGACAGCAAGUUCCCGCACGACCACCGCAGCAUUGGCACCUUCAAGGGCCGCACCGGCCCCGAGCUGGAUAAGGAGAUCACCUGGCGCCGCAUUGGGGACAUUUGCGCGGCCGCUGCCCCCCAGCCCAAGAAGGGGGGCGCCUCUGGCUCCAAGCCGAAGCCCACGGCGCGCCUGUUCGCGGAUGACAUCGAGCCUUCCGACAUCUGCCAGGGCCAGCUGGGCGACUGCUGGCUGAUGAGCGCCCUGGCGUGCCUGGCGUGCCAGCAGGGGGCCAUCCAGCAGGUGUUUGACACGCGCGAGUACACGCAGUACGGGCGCUACAAGAUGCGGCUGUACGACGGCGCACGCAAGAAGUGGCGCACCGUCACCAUUGACGACUGGAUCCCCUGCGGCGCUGACGGCCAGCCGAUGUUCGCCAAGCCCAAAGGCGACGAGGCCUGGGUGGUGCUGCUAGAGAAGGCCUGUGCCAAGUUCAUGGGCGGCAACUACGCCUCCCUGGACGGCAACCUCAUGAUCAAGGCGCUGGAGAUGCUCACCGGCGACUUCGUGUGCAUGUUCAGGCUGGGAGACACCAGGGACGCCAAGAGCCGCGGCAAGCCGCGCACGGAGCAGCGCUGGACUCGGCUGGAGCUGUCCCGCGGCCCGCCGCCCAAGGACGCGGCGCCCGGUGACGACCUGCGCCUGGUGUACGCGCGCGAUGAGCCGUUCGACAGCGAGCUCAUGUUCAGGUCGAUCAGCUGGGAGCUGCGGCACGGCUCCACCAUCGGCGCCAGCAACGCCGGCGGCAAGGACACCGAAAACAUCCAUGGCAUUGUUCAGGGCCACGCCUACGCGCUGAUGAAGGCGGACGAGGCGGACGGCAAAAAGUUCCUGCAGCUGCGCAACCCAUGGGGCACCUUUGAGUGGAGCGGUCCCUGGAGCGACAAGAGCCCGCUGUGGGACCAGCACCCCAAGGUGAAGGCCGCGCUGGACUUUAAGCCCGCCGAUGACGGCACCUUCUGGAUGGAGUACACAGACUUCAUCAACCACUUCAACACACUGGAGUUCUGCUGCCGGAGCACGGGCUUCGAGCACGUGGUGAUCAAUAUCCACGAGGAGCACCCCUGCUGCGGCCCCUGCUGGGGCUGCAUGGAGGGCUGCGCGAGGUAUUGGAUGUGCUGCCUGGGCUGCAAGGCGCUGUGCUGCGGACGCCACGUGACCCAGUUCAAGCGCCCACCCGCCGGCUGCUGCAGCUGCAUCGCCUGAGCAUCCUGCGGGUAUGGAAAGCCCGGCAUACAUAGUGGCAGGGGGUCCGCCUGCUGAUGUGCAUCAUCGUGAUCGGCUCUGGGCUGUUUGGUGUGUUGUCGAGGUGAUGUCUUGUGCAGUGGCGUAGCCUUUUGUACAGCGGAAGGACUGGGUGCAAGCCGGAGAAGGUGGUACUAUUGUGGUGAAUGGCAAGCGUCUGUUCCUAUACGGAUGGCUUGUGAAGCUCAGGCACGUGCUUAAGGGCUGCGCAGCUCUAGUACUCAAGUGCUAAAUGGAUGGGAAGUGGCCGAAGACAACGUCGCAGGGUGAAACGAGUGAAUUUUGUGACCCGUCGUGGCAGCGUGCACGCGUGCACUGGGAAGAGUUGCGGGUUGCUGCGUAGGUCAAGCCUGGAAGUUAUAAGGAGCUCUUAUACAACAUGUUGUCCUGUGAUGGGGCAGCUGGUUUGGUGGCGGCGAUGGUGAUACGGUAAGCUGAAAUGGCAAUGAUCUGAGGUACCGCACGGAGGUAUCGGUAUUGUCAAGUGGCUCUCUACGGGGCCUGUGCCGCUGCGCUGUACAGAAGGGCUGACACAUCCCGCAGUUUGACCUAUGGUGCUGUUGCUACAGCGGUCUAAGCAUACGGGGCCGCGGGGGGCAGCAUCGCGUGGACUUGCACGUGCCCAGCCUUUCUUGACUUU